AUGGCGCCAGUCAACCAGGGCGGCCUCGUAACCACCAUCUUUAUCUCCAACCUCCAUUGUAGCAGUUGUGUCCAUACCAUUGACGAAACACUCAAAGCGCUCUCGCCACCCCCGACAGACAUAUGCGUCUCAAUCGUCUCGCAGUCGAUCACAGUCAACCAUUCGAAAGAUUUGUCUCCGGAAGCUAUCAAGAGCGCCAUCGAGGAUGCAGGCUUUGAUAUUGCUACCACUCCCAUCGCGGGUCCAUCGAGCCAGCCCGACGAGUUUCUCAGCGCAGCCUCAUUCUUGACCGGUAAGAGGAGGAGACAUGUUGAUCAGUGCUCGAUGUGCCAGCAGCAGGUUGGUGGACGGGCUAUUAUCGGCGAGGAGGCAACUCUCGCGGAUCAUCUCACCCCCAAUGAGAAACUCGAACGCAACUCCGGCGGCGAUUCACGUACUCGUGUCGCAACCAAGGGUCAAUAUCAGCUCACGCUGUCUGUUGGGGGAAUGACUUGUACCUCUUGCACUGGCACCAUUACAAACGCGCUUUCCGAGCUUCCGGGUGUCUCGGACAUUGUCGUAUCCCUUCUCGGUAACUCAGCGACCGCGGUACUGGACCGGCAAGAUCUCGCGGGAAAGGUGGUGGAGACCGUGGAGGACAUUGGGUACGAGGCCGACAUCAUCAGCGUCGAGGAAAUUCGCGUGAAGGCGCAACCGAAAGACAAUGCUCCUUACCAGCUUUCGCUCUCUAUUGGUGGUAUGACUUGCGCUUCUUGUUCGUCGACCCUUACUCGCCUCGUUUCGGAAAUUCAAGAUGUUUCGGAUGUUGCCAUCAAUCUCCUCGGGAGUUCGGGGUCUGCCAUCAUUCAACACAAGAAACUGGCAGACAAGAUCAUAGAGGUCAUAGAAGACGCUGGCUAUGAAGCAACUGUGAUGAGUCUGCUGCCAGUCAAUAUUUUUUCCGAAGGCGCAGAAUAUGGCGCAUUUCGGACCAUCUCGCUUCAAGUCGAGGGAAUGUUCUGCGAGCACUGCCCAGAGAAGAUCAUGGCUGCCCUCGGGCGAUUCGGCUCGGCCAUCACGAUUGACAAACCUUUGACUGAUCACCUAGAUCCUAUACUGCGUCUGACAUAUCUACCGUUGCCACCAUCAUUCACUGUCCGUACCAUCGUUGACGCCAUCGCGUCCAUCAAGUCAUCUCCUUUCAAUGUAUCGAUUUACAAACCUCCGUCGCUCGAAGAUCGCGCGCGCAGUAUGCAGCAGCAAGAACAGCGUCAUCUGCUGUUCCAACUGGGGUUUUCAGUGAUUAUGGCUAUACCGACGUUCAUCAUUGGGAUCGUAUACAUGAGUCUCGUUCCGAAGAGCGACCACAGGCGGAUGUUUCUCAUGGAACCCAUGUGGGCUGGGAACGCGUCUAGAAUCGAGUGGGCGCUGUUCUUCCUAGCCACACCUGUCAUGUUCUACAGUGCGGGCACGUUUCACCGGAGGAGCCUGAAAGAGAUCAGAGCGCUGUGGAGGAGAGGUAGCCGGACGCCCAUCUGGAAGCGGUUUGUGCGCUUCGGCAGUAUGAAUCUUUUGGCAAGUCACGUAUCUUCUGGUGUCUCCGUUGCAUAUUUUUCUUCCAUUGCGUUGCUAGCCUUAGCUGCAUCGGCUCCGCCAUCAAACGAUGGCAAUGGCGAUACUACCACGUACUUCGACUCAGUCGUGUUGCUCACCAUGUUUUUGUUGAUUGGACGAUAUUUGGAGGCUUACAGUAAGGGCCGCACUGCUGAUGCCAUCACGAGUUUAGGCAACCUCCGACCUGUCGAGGCGCACCUCCUCACAGACUCAUACCUUGCGAAGCCUGGAUUUAGGGUGCAGAAAAUUGGGGUCGACCUUUUGGAAGUUGGCGACGUUGUCCGCGUACAGAACGGAUCUACCCCACCCGCAGAUGGGGUGAUCGUUUCCGGUGAAAGCACUUUCAAUGAAAGUUCAUUGACAGGAGAGUCCAGGCCAGUCAAGAAAACGCUGGGUGAUCAAGUGUUCCUCGGAACCAUCAACAAUGCCCAGGUCGUAGAUGUACGGAUAGACGCCAUUGGAGGCGAGACUAUGUUGAGCCACGUCGUUCGUGUCGUGCGAGAUGGCCAGACUAAGCGUGCUCCGAUCGAGAGACUUGCAGACAUCUUGACUGGCUAUUUUGUUCCGAUGGUUACCCUGUUGGCAAUCUCCACUUGGAUCAUCUGGUUGAGUCUUGGGUUGAGUGGGGUUCUUCCUCGAGAUUAUCUGGACAAAGACAUAGGAGGAUGGCCUGUGUGGUCUCUAGAGUUUGCGAUCGCGGUAUUCGUCGUGGCGUGCCCCUGCGGCAUAGGCCUGGCGGCGCCCACCGCCCUGCUUGUAGGAUCAGGCCUGGCAGCCAAGUUUGGUAUCUUGGCUCGUGGUGGCGGCGAGGCAUUCCAGGAGGCUGCUCAGCUCGACGCUAUCGUUUUUGACAAGACGGGCACGCUCACCCAAGGAGGCGAGCCUCGCGUGACCAAUGCCGAGGUCAUGCCCGAUGAAGUUUCCUUCCCGAGGGACGUUAUUCUUGGGAUUGCAGCCGAGGUAGAAUCCACAAGCACACAUCCGCUUGCAAUAGCCAUACAACAGUACUGUGACCAGAAUGGAGCGGCACACGCCUCCGGAGAUGCCUUCCAGGAAACCCCAGGACGUGGCCUACAGGCGCAUUUCGAAUUCCGGAAGUGUACUGCCGUCAUUGGGAACGAGAAGUGGAUGGAGGAGCACGGAGUCACCCUCCGAGAGGAGACAGCGGUCCGCCUCGAGACUUGGAAGUCAGAAGGCAAGAGCGUCGCCCUCUUAGCCCUCCGGAACGACCGUGUAGAUACGGCAUUGGAUCUACCGCAGUUUAUCCUCGCUGCGGUCUUUGCCAUUUCAGACGCCCUUCGUCCGAAUGCUGGGGCUGUCAUUGCCCAAUUGCAAGCGCAAGGUCUCGCGACUUGGAUGAUAUCCGGAGAUAACCCGACGACUGCAAAGGCUGUCGCGAAGCUGGUGGGCAUUCCGGAAGCGAAUGUGAUAGCAGGCGUCCUUCCGCAUGAGAAGGCGCAAAGAAUUCAAUGGCUUCAACAGAAUGGCGUGAAGAAACAAGCGUCUAGAUGGUUCGCAAAGUUCAAGAAGAGGUUGAAUGAACGAUGCGUAGUCGCCAUGGUUGGAGACGGAAUCAACGACGCUCCGGCCCUUGCCUCAGCGGACGUUGCUAUUGCUAUCGGGUCUGGAAGCGAUGUUGCUUUAUCCAGCGCCUCUUUCAUCCUUGUGUCUUCAGAUCUUUCCAGUAUCCUCACGCUCGUAGACCUGUCACGUACAGUUUUUAGACGGGUCAAAUUCAACUUCUUGUGGGCCUGCCUGUAUAACAUGGCGGCUCUGCCGAUUGCUGCUGGUGUUAUAUACCCCGCCGGACAUGCUAGAUUGGAUCCAGUGUGGGGCUCGCUCGCUAUGGCUUUGUCAUCUGUCUCUGUUGUGUGCAGUUCUCUCGCGUUGCGAUUGUACAAACCACCCAAGGCGUAGACAACAUUGGUCACGUUCCUUCGUAUCGAUAGGACGCACAAUCACAAUUCUAUCAGACACUAGACGAAUCUUCAGCUAUCAUUGAUUUGUUACGCUUUCUUGUGUUGAUGUAUUUCACGAACUUACAAUGGAUAAGGAUAUGCUCACGAUCUCUGUG